AUGUUGGUGAGGUAUGGCUCACUAAUAAGUAGACGCCGUAUUUCAUUUUUUUCUUACCGAAAUUUUGUUUUCACACCUGGCUUGAACAAUAAAAAUGUAAGUUUCCUCUUUUCUUUACAUUUGCUUUUAGAGAAAUGAUAAGCGAAGAUUUAUCGUGCCAAAAACCCUAAAGAAACCAUUAACAGCAAGAAAAGGAGUUGAAGAUUUGGUGUUUCCCGUUGAAAUAAAUCCGUCUCAUCCAAAUGCUUCGGUUUCCAAUUUCGAACAUAAAGUCCUAAAAAGACAAGAAAUCUCAGCCAUUUUGGACAAGUUUUGCCGGAGAUCAGAGAUUAGAAGUGAAGCCGAAUCUCAUGGAAUAAACGAUAAAUUGUUUAUGAAAUGUUAUCAGAAGUUUAGAGAUAGAUGUUUGGAUCCAGGAGUGAGAGGUUCGAUGUUGGAAGUCAUUUUGAGUGACAUCAGAGAUUGUGGGCACAGUGUGGACCUUCUCUUCCCUCAUUUCUUGGAGCAUUCAAAAAGGAUAUUCCCUCAUUUGGAAGCUUUGGAAGAACUAAAACACAUAUCAGACCUUACUCAGCCUCACACUUGGUAUGAGGGAACUAGAUCUAUUCAUAGAAGAAUUAUAUUUCAUGCAGGUAAUCCUCAUAUAGAAUUAAUAUUUACUUUUUAGGCCCUACAAAUAGCGGGAAAACUUACAAUGCGCUGAAGGCUUUCAACGAAGCCGGGACUGGAGUUUAUUGUGGACCCCUGAGGCUCUUGGCAGCAGAAGUUUUUAGGAAGAGCAAUGAGUUAGGCGUUCCUUGUGAUUUGGCCACAGGGGAUGAUCGGCAAUUUGCAACGAGUAAUCAUGAGCCUGCCCAACAUCUGUCUUGUACAGUAGAGAUGUUAUCCCUCGAGAUGCAGUUUGAUGUGGCUGUUAUUGAUGAAAUUCAAAUGUUGAGAGACUCGCAGAGAGGCUGGGCUUGGACUAGAGCUUUGUUGGGUGUUUGUGCCAAAGAAGUUCAUGUGUGUGGAGAAUCAGCUGCGUUGGAUAUUGUCUGCAAAGUCCUUGAUCCAAUCGGAGAACAUGUCGAGGUCCGAGAAUAUGAAAGGAAAUCUCCUUAUCAUAUCAGCACUCAUGCCCUGAAGAACGUUAAUAAUGUUCAGGUAUGGGAUCUACUGAUUUUUCUAUUUGAACUUUAGGAUGGGGAUUGCAUUGUAUGCUUUAACCGAAAGCAUAUUCUGGCAGUGACAAGGCAGUUGGAACGUCUUAAUAUUCCCUGUGCUGUUAUAUAUGGAGCGAUGCCACCUCAGACCAAAUUGGAUCAAGCAGCACGUUUCAACGAUCCGGAUGACGCAACGAAUGUCCUUGUCGCGACAGAUGCUAUUGGAAUGGGAUUGAAUUUGAACAUUAAAAGGUGAGUGUUUGCUGCUCAGAUUUGAUUAUUUCUAGGAUUAUAUUUUUUUCAUUGUGUAAGAGCAGUGGAUUAAUCCCGAAUUAUCAUGCACUACAAAUAGCUGGACGAGCCGGGAGAUACGGAACUCAGUAUGCUGAUGGGAAGGUAACCACUUUCUUCGAGAAAGAUCUCGGUCUCCUCAAGGAUGUCCUUUCUCAGCCAGUUACUCCAAUUGAACAAGUUGGGAUAUCUCCAACAGCAGAGCAGAUUGAGUUGUUCGCCUAUCAUCUGCCGAAGGCAUCUUUUGUUAAUCUUUUGGACAUCUUUGUUUCAUUAUGUUCAGUAAGUUAGUAUUUUGACGUAAGUCCUCUUCAGGUCAGUGACGAUUAUUUCCUCUGUGAUAUCGAAAAUGUUCGGGAAUUGGCCUUGCUGAUCGACAAUAUUCCACUUGAUUUGUCUGUCAGAUUCAAUUUCUGUAAAGUCCCACUGAAAAACAAAGGCCCUCUGGGCACGUACUUCCAAAAAAUGGCCCGAAGAUAUUCUUCCGGAUUUCCGUUGACAGAAGAUUGGCUAGCUCAGAUGAUUGAAUGGCCGCCCAGUCCUGCCGAGACUUUGGCUGAUAUUGUUCAUCUAGAAGAUCUGUACGAUAUUUUAACAGCUUACAUAUGGCUUGGUCUGAGAUACGAGGUUGGUCAUAUUUGUCUUUUUUCAUUGAAGUGCGGGAUUCCAAAAACAUUGCGCCCAAUGGGAUUGUUUUUUGCGGUGGGACGCGCGGAUUUGGUACUGAAGCAAAGUUCCGCGUACCUCGGCGAAAAAACAAUCGCAUUCGGCGCGUCGUUUGGCGGACCUCGCACGUUAAUUUUGUUUAGUUUUCUAUCCCCCUCAUUUAGCACAUGUUCCCGGACGUUGAAGUAGUACAGAAAUGGUCGGCAGAAAUAACCGAUCUGAUCGGUGAUGGUAUCCAGCGAUUGAUAUCUUGCCAGCCCCAGAAGCACAGUCAUGUCACUACGGAAGAUUUCCCCGAUGACGAUUCUUGA